UUUGCCCGAAUCGGUUAGGAAUUAGCUACAAAACAGACGACCGAAAAUAAUGUAGCUUGGCAGCAGAAAAUGGCAAACAAUUUAAGUUUAGAUACCGCAAGCAUUCCUAGGGCAACCGGUUCACCGCCCACAACUUCAGCCAACACCACCAAUGCCAGUACCAUCCAUCGAUUAAAUGUACAACAGCAGAAAGAUCCGACUACAGAGGGAACGCGUGCUUCCCGCUAUAGCACAUCAUGUGCCGGUUGCUUGAACACUUUGCACCUAAGUCGCGAAGAAUUCGUCAUUGCAUUGGGUCAAGAAUGGCAUAGCGAUUGCUUUCGCUGCUCCGUUUGCGAUGCACACCUGCACAAUUGGUAUUUCGAAAAGGAUGGACUGCUCUUCUGCCGGGAAGAUUACUACCAACGCUUUGGUGAAUGUUGCCAACAAUGCAGUGCUAUCAUAACUGGUCCUGUCAUGGUAGCUGGCGAUCAUAAAUUUCAUCCCGAAUGUUUUUGCUGUAGCGCCUGUGCUGUGUUCAUUGGCGAAGGUGAAGCAUACGCAUUGGUCGAGCGUUCAAAACUAUACUGUGGCAAUUGUUAUAAGCAGCAAGAGACACAUGCGAUAGCGGCUGAUUUGGAGGCAUUAAGCGCUGGUGUUGGUAGAGGGGGCGCAGGCAGCAGCGGUAGUGGCAUAAAUGCACCUGGCGGCAACGCUAAACCCAUACAUUCCAUACGUCUAGUGGAGAUACCCAAGGAUGCGACACCGGGUCUGCGAUUGUCGGUGGAUAAUGUGAGCGUGCAACGACACUACAUUGAUAGUGUAGGCGGCGGCGGGGGCAGUGGUAGCGGGAGCGGUGGUGGAUUUCGUGUCAAUUCGCCGACACUUGGCAAGCGAAUAGACGGCCCACUCGAAGUUUGCCCGGCCGUGCGCAUUUCUGAAUUCAUUUGUAGAAUAUAUGGUCGUGUUGGGAAAUAUGUUUUCUCCUUUAUAACAUCGGUUAUCGAUCAGUGUUGUGGUAGCGAUUAUAGAAUUGAUGUCAACUUGGCCAACCUACACAUUGGCGAUCGUAUACUCGAGGUUAACGGCACGCCCGUGAACGAUUCCUCCAUCGAACACAUCGACAAAUUGAUACGAAGCACCGAGAAAAUUUUACAGCUCACCGUCGAACACGAUCCUGUGCAAGUGUGCCGCAGCUGUAGUCAAGCUGACAUACUCCAUCGACCCACAUCGUACAGUGACCUCCCGCCGUUAGCCACAUCCGCGUCAAGCAUUGAAGUAUACGGCCGUCGCAGCGUCACAGACUCGCUCACCGGCAGCACUAGCACCAGUACUAUCGCGCCACAGAGCAACAGCAGCGAUUGCGGCAGCGGUGGCAGCUCACCCACACGUCUCACCAAGCAGGACAAGGAACGUAUCUACAAGCGCAAGGAUGAGGGCUAUAUAAGCGGCACAAAGACACGCCAGCUGCGCAAGUGCAAGAAUCUGAAUAUGAUUGCUGCCGAACAGGCGCUAUUGACGCAUACCGGUUCCACACAUUCCGUUGGACCAAUCGGCAGCGGUGUAGCCGGGUGCUGCGCUGUUGCAAUUGGCAGUAGUGCCAUCAAAGCAGCAGACUCCACACAGCUGGGCAUGCGUUUACGCGAUAAGGAGCGCUGCUCAAGUAUGUCGAAGCUGUUGGAUGAGCAGCAUGCGCCCUCAGCCCAAAUUUACGACUUGUCGCGCACGAAGUCGUUUCGCGUGGAGCCCAAGCCGCAGCGCAUCUUCCGCGCAUCUGAUCUGGUGUUGGGCGAAUUGCUCGGCAAGGGGUUCUUCGGGCAAGUGUACAAGGUGACGCAUCGCCUUACCAAGGAGGUGAUGGUGCUCAAGGAGCUCUAUCGCGUCGACGAAGAGGCGCAGCGUAAUUUUCUCAAAGAGGUUGCGGUGCUGCGUUCGUUGCAUCACAAGAAUGUGCUGCGCUUCAUUGGCGUGCUCUACAAGGAUAAGAAACUGCAUUUGGUCACCGAGUACAUUGCUGGAGGUUCACUCAAGGAGCUCAUACACGACUCUGGGUUGCCGCUAACGUGGCCACAGCGCAUCUCAUUCGCAAAGGACAUUGCUUGCGGCAUGAGCUAUUUGCACCGCAUGAAUAUUAUACAUCGCGACUUGAAUUCUUUAAAUUGCCUUGUGCGGGAAGAUAAGUCGGUGAUAGUGGCGGACUUUGGGCUGGCGCGUAUCAUCACAGCGCCCUUCUACAGCGCGGGUGGCGGCAGCGGCGCGACUGUAGGCGCUGGUGGAAGCAUGCUAGCGGCGAAUAGCGGCAGUGAACGUUGGUCUGGCGGCGCAUGUCUGAGUCCGAACGGCACUCUGGGGCGCAGCAAGAGCAGGCAGCGCAGACAGCGCUACACAGUGGUGGGUAACCCAUAUUGGAUGGCGCCGGAAAUGAUGAAGGGACUCAAGUACGAUGAGAAAGUGGACGUGUUCUCGUUCGGCAUCGUGCUGUGUGAGAUAAUUGGAAGGGUGCAAGCCGACCCGGAUUUCCUGCCACGUACCUCCGAUUUCGGUUUGAAUCAGAAAGUGUUUCGCGAAAAAUUUUGCCAACAGUGCCCUGAUGUGUUUUAUAAAAUCGCCUUUCUUUGCUGUGAUCUCAAUCCUGAUAAAAGACCGUCCUUCGAAACACUUGAAAUCUGGCUGGAAAGCCUAAUGGCCUCCAUCGCCGUCAACCAGUCGCUGCCCGCCGAACUGCUCUAUGACAUCGAAAACUACCAGGGUACCAUAAGCGUUAGCAGCACGCCGGACGGCAUGCUCACGCCUAAGUCGAAUCGUAGCCGCGAUGAUCUGGACGAUUUGGAAAAGCAACGAAAGCAAACACCACCGAAGCCCGCACCCGAAACACCCGCAGUUGCUGUUAUCCAGCCACCGAGUGCAAGCGAGCAAAUUAUCAAAGAGGACAGCGAUUUCAACGACUCCCCGCGAAUGGAAGGCAAGGAGAAUACUGUCAUACUGCGCAGCGAUAUGCCGAAAUCGCCGCACUUGGGCAAAGAUUUUUCGCCCACUGGUGAGCGCAUACGUGACAGCAUGCGUGCGCGUCGUCGUCAGCGACUCAUGCAAGCCGCGCAACAACGCGGUCUGACGCCGGAAAACAAAAGCACCGAUCGCGUAUUGGAGGCGGUGAAGCAAACGUUGCAGAACGGCGCGCGCGCUGGGACGCCGCUGAGCAGCUGCAAUGGCAGUGGUGCUGUAGCGAAGAAAAGUCGGCCAUAUGGCGAGAAAGGCUUUCUGCUGGACAUUAAUCGCGAUGGGGACCUGCGGCUGAAUAACGUCAAAGACUUAAAUUAUUGCUCAGAUUUCGACUCCAGCUGUGACACGAGUCUCAACUAUCACGAAGUUAAUGCCAACGAAGGUAUGAAGGCGACGGAUUGCGAAAUGCCUGCCACUCCCACAAUGAAUCGGCCGGCAGUGUUGCGUGAAGAGCGCGUUGAGGAAGAGGUUGAAAAAAUGCAAGAAACACAAGCUGCUAAACAGGUGUUGCUAACUGAUAAGCAGGUGGCGGCCGAUGCAAUCGAUGCGUCGCAGGCGUCCGAUCAAAUAAUCACUGUGGAGGUAUCCGCGCCCGCGACCGUUGGCGCUGCCACACCCAGUGAAGAAGUCGACGCCGCAACGCUGAGCACCAUGCAGCAGAUACAGAAAAAGAUCGCCGCGAAGUCCUACAGAACUGCGCUCGAUGAUAUACGCACCAAACUGAAUUUGUGCCGCAAUAAGUUCGAAACCAUCGAUGCGGCGAAUCGACGCAAUUUCAGCAAUUCGCAAAAUGCAAUGAAAACCUUCUUCAAACCGCGCGCCUCACGUUCUGUUGUUACGAGUCCCACAGAGCCUACAAGUGCGAAUGAAAGUGUAUACAAAACGCCACCUGAGGCCUUAAAAAUGUUCCAGCGUCUUGAAGCGGCUAGUAAUGCGGGCGCGCCUAGCGCUGGUGGCACGCCACUUAGUGAGCAUGUGCGCCUGCCGGGACAGAGUGUCAGCGCUAUUACCAGCGGCAGCAGCAACACCUAUCGCAUAAAUCAAACUCCGAUUUUCGGCCGCAAGCAACCGCCCAAACCAGUUGAGUUAUACACACCGCAUUCUGAAUCGCUGGAGAAUCUACACAGCAGCCUGCCGCCCAUUAGCGCGUCCACACAAGUGACGGCGCGCAAGGAGAAGAGCAGCACGAGCGGUAGCGGUAAGCGUGCAAAAUCGCCGAAGCGUCCUAUAAGCACAUUCCGCAGUUAUCUAAAUGAGGCGGCAGCAGAGGCGGAGGAGGAAGGGAAUUCGCCGACGAGGCGGGACGCGCCAUUGCUCGGGUCAGCUACAGCGCCACCGGCAGGGUUGGAGACGACACCGAAAAAGAAUCGCCGCCUCAAUAGCGGCAAAGAUAGUACAAAUGAACAGCGUUGGCUGUCACAGGCGCCAGGAAAAUCGACAACGACGACGGUGGGGGCGAGCAAAAGUCCUGCAGCGCGCAUUUUUGGAUUGCGCAGUUCAGCGAAGUCAUCAACGGCAACGGCGGUGACGCGGGAAAUGACGACAACGACGCAGGCGACACAAAGGCGAACACUUUCGCCGACUAAGGCCAGCGAUGCGCGUCGACUGGUGAGCAAGCAUGAAGUGCAAAACACAGCACAAACAACACAACAGCAACGCCUGCGUCAAAGUCAUGCCAAUAACAGUAAUUAUGCAACAGCCACACCUGCCCCGGCACUGUCAAGCGCCAAAAGUACAACUAGGCUCGCCAUACUCAGUCCAGAAAAAGUACAUCGCCUUAAUGCAAAACUCACCGACCAAAAGUCUAAGAAAGUCAGUGAUACCAAAGCUACAGCGGUGAGCAGCACAGCAAACAACAGCGCUGACCAAGCGCUACAACUCGAACGACGUAAGCGUAAGCAAUUAUCCACGCGGUAUUAAAAUGAAAGUUUUUAAUAAAAACAAAUAGAGACUAACCACGACACAAGUGUCAAGCGAAAGCAAUUAGUAAGCUAUAAAGCGAGUUAGAAUUAAAACGAAGGCAAGAAACGAAGUGCGUGCAAAAAAAGACACAAAGAAGAAAACUGAUGGAAGGCGAAAAGUGUAGAAAAAUAUAUAUUUUUCGAAAUUAUUGCUCACCGAAAAUGAAAGUGUAGAAUCGAAUAAUACGCGAGCGCAAAUUGAAUUCUUUAUAUUUGUAGAGCGUUGCGUGAAUUAGGUUUAAAGCGAAGCAUAAAAAGACAAGAGAUUUAUGAAUAUAUAUGUAGUUAUCGCAGCUAAAAUAAAAAUUAUCUGGUUAAGGAAGUGUGCAGAGGCGAUGUUCGAUAUUUCGAUACGACAGCAAUACUAACACAUAACUACAUAGUAGGCCUAUGUAAGCAUUGAAAAUUAUUUUAUUAACAUAAUUAAGCACAAAGUAAGAUAUAUACAUACAUAUGUAUAUCUA